AUGACUCAAUCGUUACCAUUCUUGACACUCGCUUAUCGGCGCGCCGUGGCUCCCGGCAGCACCCUCAAAGCAUCACCGGCUUGGCCCGACGGUCCUGGUGAAAAGUCCGGUACCCACCCAUCGCGUGGACGAUGGGACAACCUGGCUCUGGGAACAACACCCAACCUUUACAUUCGUUGUGAGCAAAUGACGAGCGGCCUCGCCAGCCGAACUGAAUUCGUCGCUCGGGGUCGUCCGCCGCGACUGGCGGAGUCCCCCAGCCUCUCCCCGCCGGGUGGAGAGCUUCGGACAAGGUCUCCACCGGUCGCUUCGGGCUGGACCCAAACCAAAACCGCGCGAGGAGAGAUGAGCGCAGGGUCUUUCUCGCGCACUCUUCCUAUCCUUCCUGCGUUUUCGCUGCUAGUGGACCCCACUCGUGUUAGUUUCUUCCUACCUGGCCAGGAAUCCACUCGCUGGCUGACGGCUUUUCCGAUCCUGCCUGCGGCUGUGUGA